CCAAAUUGUAAAAUAACAAACGAGAAUCCGGUGCCCUAAUUUGAUUUAAGCUGCAGAGCACUCAGAAAUAUAUACACACUCUUAUUCAGCUAGCCUCACUCCUUUGCUGCCAAAAAAUUAAGAUGGCUGGUGAAAACAAAUCAAAGGCAAACAAUGGUGCUGGCGGCAAGAAGAGAAAGAAUCGCUAUCUGCCCCAAAACAAGGGAGUGAAGAAAGGUGGGUACCCACUAAAGCCAGGAGUGCAAGGAUUCUUUAUUACAUGUGAUGGUGGUAGGGAGCGCCAAGCUUCUCAUGAAGCCAUUAAUGUCCUUGAUACUUUCUAUGAAGAGCUAGUAAGUGGGAGGAAAUCAGGCGGGUAUGUUAAGUUACAAGAUAAACCUAUAAACAAAAAAGUGACAUUCACAUAUUCUGAUUCUGACGAAGAUGAGGAUGAAGUUAAUGAUCAAACUGAUGAGGGGGGCAAAGAUACUUCAAAUGCUUAUAAUGGAAGUGCGCAGGAAGGUUUGUGCUCUGAGAGUCAUAAAAAUCAAAAUAAUGACGACAUCAAGGAGGAUGUCAAGAGUCGAGAAGUUCAGACUGAGGUGCAGCCUGCAAAGGAGCAAUGCUUAGAACAGUGUGCAUCAGAAUCCAUAGAAGAAGACAAAAAUAAGUCAGAUACUAAUAAUGAUAAUUCACAGGCAGAUCUGUGUUCGGAGAAUCACAAAAGUGCAAAUAAAGAUGACAUGAAGGAGGAUGCUAACGGUCAAGAAGUUGAAGCUGAGGUGCAGCCGCAAAAGAAGCAAUGCUUAGAAAAAGAUACAUCAAAACCUGAAAAAGGCAUCAGCUAUAAAGUUGCAGAAAAGUCAGUUGAUCAGUUGAUUGAAGCUGAACUGGAAGAGUUGAAAGACAAGAGCAAGAAGCGUUUCAUCUUCUUGGAUACUGGUUGCAAUGGUGUUGUAUUUGUACAAAUGCUUAAAAAAGAGGGAGAUCCCAGUCCGAAAGAUAUCGCUCAGCACAUGAUGGAAUCUGUUGCAUCGACAAAGAAGCACAUGUCAAGGUUCCUUCUGAGAGUUCUACCUAUUGAAGUAUCAUGUUAUUCAUCAGAAGAAGAAAUAACAAGGGCAAUCAAACCCCUCAUUGAGAAACACUUUCCUGUUGAAACUGAGACCCCGCAUAAGUAUGCUGUAUUAUAUGAAGCCCGUGCGAAUACUGGUGUUGAUAGAAUGAAAAUCAUAGAUGCUGUUGCAAAGUCUGUUCCUGAACCCCACAAAGUCGACCUGAAAAGCCCAGAUAAGAACAUCGUAGUUCAGAUCGCCAGGACUGUGUGCUUGAUAGGUGUUGUCGAGAAGUACAAGGAAUUGGCCAAAUACAAUCUGAGGCAGCUCACCUCCCCCGAGUGAACCCCUUUGGCCAAUGGGAGUAAUUGACGAGGAUAACAAGCAAGCUAUCUUUCUUUCAUAUUUUACAAUGCCUGCUAUUAAUCCGACUGAAAAAAUGUGUUGAACAUUGGUCUAUUUCUGAUCAUGUAUUAAAAUCAACUCUUUUUUCAUACAAGCAUAAUGAGUUGUCAUUUCUAAUCAUGUCAACUUUCUACAGAAUAUAGUAAUUUUUACAAUCUAA